GGAACUCUGCACCCUCCGAAACAACCUCAGCUCAGUGAGAGCGUAAGUCGGAGCAUCCAUGAGGCUUUUUACAGAAUAAAAAUGGUAAUCGGCGUAAUUCAGGCAACACACGCAAUUUUCGAGAGCCGUAGUUCUAGGUUGCUCCCCGAAAUUGGCAUCUGGAUUUGUAUCAGUCACAAGCGUCUUCUUUCUCCCCAUCGAUAAUGUCUACUGAAACCAACAUCGCAGAGACACCGGCAUCUACUACCACUGCAUCUGCCACCCCCGAACCGAGGUUCAUUAUCGUUUCCAAAGGCGCGAAACGUGUUUUUCUGCGGUGGCCAGAUGUAGCUGAAUAUGACGCCUUAUUCGUUGCAUUAAAUCGCCACUUCCCAGAGAUCCACCCUCAAUAUAAGAAUAGUUAUGCCAUUCAAACCAAUGAUUUAGCCAUUUGCGAUGGGAUAUUUGUCGAUAUUCCCGGCGAGUUGUGGAAGGAGAUGAGCACAAAGAUAAGCCGGAUAAGAAUUAUGGACAAGUCUGUUUCUCGCAGGCUGAAAUUCCAUCAGCUUCUCAUGAAUAUCGCGUAUUGGGGAGGUAGUACGGUAGCAUGCCCGUAUCAAAUCUCCAAGGUAUUGUCGACGACCGAGUCCAAGUAG